GAAAUCUCCCAGGUCCUAGCGCUCUGCCAAAAUAUAAUUACGCUUAAAUAUGUCUGGUCUUAAAAAACAAAUUGUAAUUUUCCGAAAGUGAGUUAUUGGUUAUCUAUAUCAUGUAUAUUAGAUGAAUGUUGUGAUGGCUUUAAUGCCCGAGGACGAUUAGUUGAGUGUGCGAUUAGUUGAGCUGACACAAGACCGACAGGAAGUAACGUUAAAGGUGGAGAUGAAUUUUAGGGCCAUCUGUGGCAGAAUGCAGCAAACUUGGGAAGAAAAGAAUCGAAACCAUGACUCUCAAAAAGGAAGACAUGUCUAUAUAUGGCCACUGCCCAGCACACGAUGACUUCUUUUUGGUGGUGUGCUGUCACUGUGGUCAGGUGGUGAAACCACAGGCUUUUGAGAGGCAUUGUGAGCGACGGCAUGGCCCCUUGAGCAAGCUCUAUCGCCCUCCAUCCAGUUGCUCUCCAGACCGGCCCCAGCAAGGGAGACCUCCCUCCCAGCACCCUGGCAUUUGUGCGGGUCAAGACAAAAGGUGCCAGGAUGCUGGACCCCCACGAGUCCCACCACCUCACUCUCCACACCAGUGCCGCUCCACACCACAGUGUGAAGGACAUAGUCCUCAACUGGUGGAUAAAAUUUCCAAUGAAGUCCCUCCAUCAACUCCAAAAUUUUCCACCCCUAGUCCCAGGGACUCACUUUGGCAUCAGGGACCUACCCCACCAAAAGCAUCUUCACCAGCUGAGAAACCUCUCAAGAAAGGAUUGGACUCUCAUUCUCCCCUUCAUGGACCAAGAACAUACAGCAGCAGAACUUACAAAAAUGUCCUCAAGAAAGAUUGUGAUUUGGACAAACACUGUGGGGUGAUGGAUCCUGAAAGAAAUAAACUGUGCACCAGACUCCUUACAUGCAAUAUUCAUUCUAUUCACCAGCGCCGACAAGUGGCAGGGAGAAGCAAAGCCUUUGACCAACUUGUAUUGGAGCUAAAGAUGAACUCAAAGCCUCGAGAGCGCCCCCCUCUGCCCCACCCUGAGAACAGUGGGUCUCAGUUCACUCCUCUCCUCCACAAAUGCCAAAUAACUAACUCUUCUAUUCUCAGGUCAUUGACUUCAUCAGAAAGUGGUGUAGAUAUGGAGCAGAAGGUCAUGCGCUGUGAGGACACUCAGGUAGAGUCUCUCUCAGCGGUUUUCUCCAGUGAUGAGAGCGAUGAUGAGAACCGUGAGGAAUUCGCUCAUCUACCUGCAAGCAUCUGGCAUCCCAAACCCCUAGGGCUAUGUACUUUCGGGGCACGUGUACUCGGGCGUAGCGUGUUAGCGUUUGACCGAAGGCUGCUUCACCUGCGCUCAGCUUUCACUGUCAUGAUGGAUCAGCACCUCAGCACUUUUCUGUGGAAGAAAAUCCCUCGGGUGUCAGAACUAUGCUCUUAUCAACCCACAAACAGCUACAAUUCCCAUGAUGCCACUUCCAUCUCACGACGCGGCCAAAAAGCCUCUUGUCUCAGGACUACCACCUCAGGAAAAUCAGAGCCCCAGGGCACCAAACUUUUAAAAAAAGCCAAGUCAGUCUCAGGCCCCGGUCGGCCCCGCAACCCUAUGGGUCGGACCAGCAAGCAGUCUUUGCAGGCAACAUUCAGGGAGCUUCAGGAGACUCCCACAGCCAGCAAGCGGCUAAAGUCUCUACAAGACGAGGACUCUGAAAAGGCCACCAUCUUGUACACCCCUCACCACAAAGACCAGCAGCCUUCUUUGGCCAAAACAGCAAUUUCAUCUUCACAUGGCCCAUUCAAUGGCAGCAAAUCCCAUCUAUCAGUAUAUGGCACUGAAAUGAAGGGACUGAUCAAGCAAGGCUCCACCUAUGUGUCCACCCCCAUAACUCCUUCUGCUCCAUCAGAAUCUGAUAAUGGACUGAAUCAGAGGACUCUUGGAUAUGAGCCUAAAGGCAGAAAACGUAAAACCAGCUGUGCCUCUCCCCCCAAAAACACUUCAUGUAUCCCAAAAUCCAUCAUUCGCUCCUCUCUCUCCAAAACUCAUUCCAGUGUGGUGUCCUGGGGUGAGGAUGCCAGACUGGGUGCAAACUCCAACAGUUUGCCAAAGAAACUUGGUGCACAGAAGCCAAAGCUUCUUCACUGAGUGGGUCUGCCUUUAACUCCUCCAGAAGUGAAGGCUUACUGCCAUGUAAUUGCCACAGACAUUACACACAAGAUGAUAGAAAUGUUUGCAGUUCAGUCUAAGAUUGUGUAUGUGUAUUGCAUUUAUAUGUGAGUGAAUGUAUAGGUGGGUAACCUGCAAGUGAAUAUAGAUAUACCUCAAAGACCUUUAUGCUGCUAAACUGACUGUCCGAUAAUGAACUCUGAAAUAAAACAAAUCCAACAUA